AUGGCAACGGACUGGGGAGCAUCCCAGGCUUACGAUGCCGAUCUACCACGGCAAUGUCGGCACAUCGAGUACAUAGAGGCCAACCUUCUCAAGAAAGUGUUGAUGCUUGAACAGAUGGAGGUUGUGAACGCUAGCAACCAUCGCUGCUUCAUCCCGACGUGCCAAGGCGGCGACCUGAACGAUCUGAAGGUCUUCUUCAACAUGGGCACACCGCCUAUGAACACAUAUCACCCCAUCAACUACAUCGGCAUCGGCCUGCACUACGACGACACUGUGGAUACCUCCGGGUGGUACACCGCCUACGUGCCUCUGCACCUCAAGUGCUUCAACAACGACCUGUACGCGUUGAAGCACACGUUGAUUCGGUUGAUUGGCUCUGGAAAAUUCUGGUUGCCGAGGGACAAGCACACGGACCGGGCUACACAAGGGAGCCAAAAUGACUCUAGCAGCUCGGCGCCGGAACUACCGUCCGGCGCUGCGGGAGCCCAUUCCGCCGUAGGCAUGGAUGGACCGCAAUAUCACGCGCAACAAGGAAUCAAAAACACGCAGGAUGAUGCGACGAUUGAUAGCAAGACCAGCACCCAAGCUACCUCGGAUGACAUCAGCUCGCCAGUUGUGAAUCUCUUUGACACUACGGAUAUUGAUAUCGGUGGUGAUGAUACUAACGUCUUUAUGCCGGCGUGUACGCCGCUUGGGGUGACCGAUCCCAACCGGUACAUCUUUGUUACACCUUCGUGCAUGUACGCUACGUUGCCGGAGCUGGCAUCGGUGUUAACGUUCGAGGGACUGCAAGUCAGCCUACGCAUGGUGAUUCAGGUCGUGGUUAAACCACGGUCAUACAUCGCGGCGGGAGCUAGCGUGCAAAACCUCAAAAACAACUUCGACUGCUGCUUCCCAAACGAUGCCAUUGAAUGGUAUGUCGAUGACGUUGAAAACGUCAUUCCACAGCGCCUGUUGGCGCGGAUACUGAGGAAGGAAGAAGGGGUCGUGCGUCAUGAAUCUUGCGACUCGCCAAUAAAGCCCCCGCAAGAAAUCACGGCACCGCAGGUCCACGGAGUGAACCUCAUCACGGUGAUGCCAUCGACAAACGUCCUAUUUGCAUGCGAGAAUAAUUUCCUGGCGAUGCGCGGGGCUUACUCCAGCGUAGGCGGCACGGAGGAUGCCGUAACGUUUCUCGAUGCCACCUCCCCUAAAGCGAACACAGCGUCAGUGUCAGGAAGUACUACCCCUAUUCGCGCCACAUCAUCGGUCCAAAAGGUGCAAGACACCGCUAAACAAGGCGACCCAAGCCCCAAGAGAGCUGCCACAGCAGGCAACACGGGUGAUGGGUCCACAGAACAUGGCGCCCCGUUAUUAGCGCUCAAACUAAAAUGGACAGAGCACAACAACCGAGUGGUGUACUACCUCAAAUCUAUCAUAGGCUCAAAGUUUUUGGAGUGGGACUCUGAGCUUAAGAUAUGGCGCAUCAACGCCGCGUUCCUCUACGAAUGCGUGAAGUACGCCAUCUUCUUAGGGUUGAGGGUUUGUGACAGGGUUUUGUAUGCGCUGUGGUCGUGGCUGAGGUCAAUCGAUAUGAGGGCCAUCGGCGAUGUCUUCUCCAAGGUGCACCUGAUCGACUGGCUCGGCACCAACAAGAUAUGGCAGUUCCAGCGAGUCUCGGUGCGGGUGACACCGGGGUUUAACCCUGCCGUGCACCGAGACACAGACAACGGAGCCACGCCUGCUGUGCAGGCCAUGUCACGAGAAAACGCAGAGACGGUGGAAAUAAAGCUGCUGCCCUUUAACAAGGACAUUGUCACCAAGUUCAAGGAACGCAAUGCAGCAACUGGAUCAAGCUCAACGUACGUGUGGGACAAGGAGUCGGGCAGCUGGUUAACGGGAAGACUCUUAUCAGCCCUGGAGGACCUUUUGGCAGUGCUUCCGCACCUCCGUGAAUCUAACCUUGGUGACACCUUCCUGUCGUCUCGCGGCAUAAACCUACGUGACAUCAAUCGUGAACAAAAGAAACGACAGUUCCCAGGCCAGAUUUCUGUGCCCCUAAAGCGGCCAAACGCAACACCCGGUGACGACAGCGACAGCGAAUCGGAGUUCGCCACCGUGACCAAACUGCUAAUAACGGCAGCGGGAAAGGAACCGCACCUAAUGCGCAUCCGCGACAAGAUACGCCGUGUCGUAGAGAACGUGGCGCCGCCGACAUCGAGCAUUUCGGCAUCGGGAAAGGUGAUCUCGGGAGGUGCCGGCACAGGUGGCAUCGAGUUUGUGGAGGCCCCGCGAGGAUGCGAAUGGUGGAACAAGGUAUCGCUGUGUGUGGUUCCUGACGAGCAGGACGGAGAAAUACCCGUCGACCCGUACGACCCCCAACUGCUCGCAAGCCUCAUCGGCGAGGUAUACCUCGUGAAGGAGGGUGCGCUGGACUACCUGCUUGCCAACUUCAAGCGUUGGCCGGGUCCGCACGACGCGGUAGGGUACUCCCGUUGGACGUCAGUGAUGACUCGCCAUGAGCCAAACUGCUGGGGCGGGUUAACCUUUGACGGGCGCCAGAACCUCGCGCAGUCACGGCUGUUCUGCGACGAAGACUUCUUCGUCUCCGGCACCAAUGAGAACAGGGAUGCUGCGCUCUGCCGGCUGCUCAUCCAGCUGGGCAGUGGGAAGAUAGUCACCAGUGCUCGGGACGCGGAAUACGUGAUCAUCACCGAUCGCACAUCGCAGGAGGCUUUAGAGCUGCAACGCCAGUUCGGGGCUAAUGACGAGGACCUCAUAGCGAAGACCCACGGAGCUCGCCACUCUACCCUCGUCACCCCCAAGUUUAUAUACGACUGCAUCCUCGGAUGGCGACUGCAGCGACCCACGCGGUCACACGGCCAUAUGGCAUUUUGA